AUGGACAAGCUCAAGAAAAUCUUCAAGCACGACUCAUCCAGCUCGCACUCUGAGCCGGCAGCUGCCUCUCAGACGCAAGACAGGACAGCGCCCACGACCACGACGUCUGCUCAAGCUCCUCAGAGCAACACUUCCGCGGGCGUCUCAUCCAAGAAGGCAUCGGGAGUUCUUAUGACGACAAACUAUGGCGACAUCACCAUUGCUCUGUACAGUGAUAAGACGCCCAAGACAUGCCAGAACUUUGCAGGCCUCGCCGACGCUGGCAAGUACGACGGUGUCAUCUUCCACAGAGUAAUCCCCGGUUUCAUGCUCCAGGGCGGCGACCCCACCGGCACCGGUCGUGGCGGAGAGUCGAUAUGGGGCGGCGAAUUCGAAGACGAGUUUGACAAUUCUCUUCUCCACACGGGCCCUGGCGUUCUGUCCAUGGCCAACAGUGGCCCCGGCACCAACGGUAGCCAGUUCUUCGUCACACUUGCCGCCACUCCUCAUUUGAACGGCAAGCAUACCGUCUUUGGUCAGGUGGUUGACGGGCUGGAUGUUGUCGAGAAGAUUGGAAAUGUGAAGACUGAUGCUGGCGACAGGCCACUUGAGCAAGUCGUCAUUAUCAAGGCUCAGUCCAUUGCUGCUUGA